CCCCCUUUGCCUGGGCGACGCGUCAACGGUUGCCAUGAGACCACUUUGUUUCUGUCUCGGUCUGCUCCCGAGCUCCAUUUGGGAUAAGGAGGCUCCCAUCCCGAGCUCGUGUAGUAGUUCUCUGCAGCUCUGAGGACUUUGGAAACCUCCCAUGGCUAAACUACUGCAAGUUCCGCCCAAGUUUCUGCCCUCGGAGUGGCACAUCGCCAACAAAAGCCAGUACCACAGAGCAGAGGCCCAGAGGUCCCGGUCUGAACGCCUCGUGGCAGAAAGCCAGAGGCUUGUGGAUGAAGUAGAAAAGACCACAAGAAAGUCGCAAAGCGAUGUGAACAAGAAACUAGAGCAGAGGCUUGAGGAAGUCAGGUUCUGGAAGAAGGAGCUAGAUGACAAACUCGAGCAGCUGGUGUACGAAACCGAGGACCUACUCAUCUACAAGAUCAGACUGGAGAGAGCCCUGGAGAGCUUUAAAGAGCCCUUGCGCAUCAACCAGCUGUGCCUGGCUUACAGGGAGAAGCGCGUCGGGAUUGACCUAGUGCAUGACGAAGUGGAGCAGGAGCUGAUAAAGGAGGCCGAGAUCAUCCGGGGCGCCAUGGCCCUACUGACCCGCACUCUGGAGGAAACUUCUGAGCAGAUCAGGCUGAACCGCUCGGCCAAGUACAACCUGGAAAAGGACGUGAGGGACAAGUUUGUGGCCCUGACCAUCGACGAUAUCUGCUUCUCACUCAACAACAACUCGCCGGACAUCAGAUAUUCUGAGAAUGUCGUGAGGAUCGAGCCAAACUCUGUGAGCCUGGAAGAGUGGCUGGACUUCUCCAACACCAACGUGGAGAAGGCUGACAAGCAGCGGAACAACUCCCUGACGCUCAAGGCCCUGGUGGACCGAAUCCUGACCCAGACGGCCAGUGACCUACGCAAGCAAUGCGACGUGGUGGACACGGCGUUCAAGAAUGGGCUGAAGGAGACCAAGGAUGCCAGGGACAAGCUGGCUGACCACCUGGCCAAGGUCAUGGAAGAGAUUGCUUCCCAGGAGAAAAAUAUCACAGUUCUUGAAAAAGCCAUUCUGGAUCAAGAAGGGCCGGCCAAGGUGGCUCACACGCGCCUGGAGACCAGGACACACCGGCCCAACGUGGAGCUGUGCCGGGACGUGGCGCAGUACAGGCUGAUCAAGGAGGUCGAUGAGAUCACCCACAACAUCGCGAGAUUAAAGGAAACCUUAGCCCAAGCUCAGGUAGAGCUGAAAGGGCUGAGCCGCAGACAGCUCGGCCUGCAGGAGGAGAUCCACGUCAAAGAGAACACCAUCUACAUCGACGAAGUGCUCUGCAUGCAGAUGAGGAAGUCCAUCCCGCUGCAGGAGGGGGAGGAGCACAGCGGCUGGGCCGGAGGCCUCCACCCCGACGCUGUCUGCUAAUAGUAGGGCUUGGGCAGAUUCUCAUUAAACACGUAGUCGUAAAACCACA